AGUUUAAACCUUUAGCUUAUACUUCUUUCAGAAUUAAUCUCAUUUUUUAAAAACUUUUCGGUUUUGGUUUCUAGGUCAACGAGCCGGGGUUUGAAGACGGAAAAUGAGGGUUGUAAGGGUUAUAAGGUGUGCUUUGGAUGGUAAUGAGAGAGGGCUGUAUGGGUUUUUGAGGUUUUGAAUUAAGCUGAGAGUAGUAGAAUUGUAAUUUUGAGGUUGUAGGGUGGAAAGCUGAGAUCUAUUUUCUGGGCUUUCAAGGGCGGUUUGAUGAAUAUGUGUAAUAUCCAUGCGAUUGUUGGUGUUAUUUUUUUUUUUGGAAGUGGUUUAAGCUUUGUAUCAGUGGGUUUUGAUCAAAUGGUUGAAUAUGCAACUUUGGGGAUUGGAUCGAACAAAGAGUUCUUAACUGAGAACUUAGGAUUGAUUUUGAGAUUAGCAAAGCCAGAUAUAUUGAUAAUUGGUCUGUUUCUGAGAUUUAUUAGUCCAUGUCGGGUGCACCAAGAUUGAGGUCGAUGAAUGUGGACGAUUCUGAGGAACGGCGCAUACUGGGACUGGCGGGGAACAAGGCGGGUUCAUUGAGUGCAAGAAAACCAGCUUCAAAGCCUUUGAGGAAGGUUGAAAAGCUUCCUGUUAAGGUCAAUGUAACAGAGGAGAAAAAAAGCCCUUCAUCAUCCUAUGUUGGGACGGAUACAGGGACGGGGACGAAAAACGUCUCGGAUAUGGGUUUCUUCGCGUUCAUGUCUUCCAUGGGUUUCAUCGCAAGAGGCUUGACAUUCGGCGUAACCGUGUCGGAUUCGGAUUCCGACUCAGUCCCGGAUUCCUCAGAUUCUUCAUUCACCGCUACGGCUAUCGCAGGAUCAAGCUUCCUGGGAGGUGGGCUCUUUUGGAUCAAUGGAGUAGACUGGGUUUGGGGUUCUUCAUCCUCUUCUUCUUUAUCGGCUGAAAAUCCCACUUCUUCGUCCUCGGAGGUUGUCUCCUCAGCCAAAAUUACCUUUGGGUACGUCCCCGAAACGUCCCGGAUAAGCUUUGACCGUCCCCCAUUUCGGUCAGCCGUACCCUGCCACCGUGGCACGUCCCCGUCAUCAUCUACUGUUAAUCCACUUUCUCCCAAAACACAUCCCGUCAGUGUUCCUUCAGUGCUUCGUCUCCAUGAGCAGUUAUUGCAUUCUAAUUUAUCGCUAAAUGCUUCUUGUUCAUCAGAUGCUUCCACGGAUUCGUUUCACAGUCGAGCUUCUACUGGUAGGUUAAUUGGAUCUGAUAGUGUUGCAAGUAGGUGGAAGUCAUACACAUUAAAGCCGAGAACCGUUGUUUCUGAUGGUGGUUUGGAUUUCCCAUCAGAUGGUUCACAUCCAAAAAAGAGAUGUGCUUGGGUGACACCAAAUACAGAUCCAAGUUGUGCUGCUUUCCAAGAUGAAGAAUGGGGAGUUCCUGUACAUAAUGACAAUAAGUUGUUCGAGCUCCUUGUACUAUCGGAUGCAUUAUCUGAACUUACAUGGCCUGCCAUACUAAGCAAAAGGCAUAUAUUUAGGGAGAUUUUCAUGGAUUUUGAUCCUGUCGCUGUAUCAGAGUUGAAUGAGAAGAAGUUGAUAGCACCUGGUAGCAUGGCAAGUUCUUUGCUAUCAGUAUUAAAGCUAUGGGCUAUUAUUGAGAAUGCAAACCAA